CUACUUCCUUUAUGGCGCCUUUUAUUAACUUCCUCAAAAUAACCCCUCAAUUCUCUCUGUUUUUUCCCUUUCAUCUAUUAUUUUUCUCUUGCUGUAUUUUUCUCUUUAACAACUUUUAUCCUUUCUGGGUAUUCGUUUUUUUUUCUUUUUACCACUUUUUCCUUCAUCUGUAUGUAUUUUUUAUGAUGACCCACUUCUUGUAUUUUAAUAAAGAUUGAUUCUUUUUAGGUUUCUUCAAUUUCUUUUUUGGAAUUUUCUAAUUCUGUUAUUAUCUUCUUGUUGAGUGAAAUUAAAUUGUGUGUGAAAUUUCUUGUCAAGAACUUGUUUUUGGUUCAUGUCAAGAACCUGUUUGAUAAAAUUCCUGAGUGAAAACUUUUAGAUUAGAAAGUAUGGGUUUUGAUGACAAAAACAAGCAGGGUGAAGAGGAAUCAGCCCCUGUUUGUGAGGGAAAGAAAGGUGGAAUUGCUGAUUCUGAUUCUGAGAUUGAACAUGAGGUUCAUGGGAAUAAAGUUAGCAGACAGAUGAGUGAAAGUUCAAUGUAUACUACUGAGGAUGAAGAUGAAGAUGAAAAUACCAAUAAGAUUGAGUUGGGUCCUCAAUGUACUCUCAAAGAACAAUUUGAGAAAGAUAAGGAUGAUGAAAGUUUGAGAAGAUGGAAGGAGCAGCUUCUUGGAAGUGUGGAUAUUAAUGCUGUUGGAGAGUCACUCGAUCCAGAAGUGAAGAUCUUGAGCCUUGAAAUUAAGUCCCCAGGUAGAGCUGAUAUUGUUCUCCCAAUUCCAGAGGAUGGAAAACCCAAAAGUCCAUGGUUUGUCCUGAAAGAAGGGAGUAAAUACCACCUGAAAUUCACGUUUCAGGUCAACAAUAAUAUAGUGACAGGUCUCAAAUACACGAACACAGUUUGGAAAACUGGUAUCAAAGUGGACAGCAUGAAAGAAAUGAUCGGGGCCUUUAGUCCUCAAACUGAGCCAUAUACACAUGAGAUGCCAGAAGAGACUACCCCGUCUGGCAUUUUCGCAAGAGGAUCUUACUCGGCUAGGACAAAGUUCCUUGAUGAUGAUAACAAGUGCUAUUUGGAGAUCAACUACACAUUUGAUAUUAAGAAAGAAUGGCAGGCAAUAUGAAGCAAAAUUUGUUGUUGCUCGAAUCGUUUCCCCGGGACCUUCAUGUGUUUUUUAGUUCUUCAUUUUUUGUCAGUUUUUUUCAAAAUAGGAAAAGGGAAGGGUGGAAAUGAUUAGUUUGUUUUUCUUUUGGUGAGUGUCAUUCAAAUAAAGCUGAGCUUUGUCUAUGAAUGAUUUAGAUUAACCAAGAUUUCUUUUUUUUCUUCUUUCUUUUAUGUGCUUUAGGUUCCUUUUGAAUGUCUAGAAAUCAAGAAGAGAUUGUUUCUAAGGAAAUAGAAAAACUUUCAUUCACAAUUAUCAUAAGUUUAUUGCAUUCUUUUA